CAGGAGGUUCUAGAUGAACAUAAGCUCAGUCUGAGCAGGAGAUGUGAACAUGUGACUGAAGGAAGUGAUGAAACAGGAAGUACAACCCUCCUCAACAGGAUCUACACUGAGCUCUACAUCACAGAGGGACAGAGUGAAGAGGUUAAUACUCAACAUGAGGUGAGGCAGCUUGAGACGGCUUCCAAGAAGAAGAUCAUCCACGACACUCCCAUCAGGUGCCACGACAUCUUUAAAGCCUCCACUGACCAGCAGAGACGCAUCAGAGUCGUCCUGACCAACGGCGUCGCUGGAGUUGGAAAAACCUUCUCGGUGCAGAAGUUCACUCUGGACUGGGCAGAGGGUUUAGAGAACCAGGAUGUGGGUCUGCUGACUGUGCUUUCGUUCAGGGAGCUGAACCUGGUGAAGGACCAGCAGCACAGUCUCCUCACGCUGCUCCGUGUUUUCCAUCCAGCGUUACAGAAGCUCACGGCAGAGACGCUCGCUGUCUGUAAACCUUUGUUCAUCCUUGAUGGCCUGGAUGAAAGCAGACCUUCUCUGGACUUCAACCACAGGGAGCUUGUGUCUGAGGUCACACAGAGGUCAUCAGUCAACGUGCUGCUGACAAACCUCAUCCGGGGGAAUCUGCUUCCCUCGGCUCUCGUCUGGAUAACCUCCAGACCUGCGGCGGCCAAUCAGAUCCCUCCUGCAUGUGUUGACAGGGUCACAGAAGUACGAGGCUUCACUGAGGCCCAGAAGGAGGAGUACUUCAGGAGGAGAUUCAGUGAUGAAGAGCUGAGCAGCAGAAUCAUCUCACACAUCAAGACGUCCAGGAGCCUCCACAUCAUGUGUCAAAUCCCAGUCUUCUGCUGGAUCAGUGCUACAGUUCUGGAGCACAUGUUGACCACAGACCAGAGAGGAGAGCUGCCCAAGACCCUGACUGACCUGUACUCACAAUUCCUGCUGGUUCAGACACAGAGGAAGAACAACAAGUACGGUGAGGGACAUGAGACGAGUCCACAGCAGCUGACGGAGGCUGACAGGGACGUUCUCCUGAAGCUGGGGAGGCUGGCACUUAAACAUCUGGAGGAAGGAAACAUCAUGUUCUACCAAGAAGACCUGGAGCGGUGUGGUCUUAAUGUCACAGAGGCCUCGGUGUACUCAGGAGUUUGUACUGAGAUCUUCAGAAGAGAGUGUGUGAUCUUCCAGAAAUCAGUCUACUGCUUUGUUCAUCUGAGCGUUCAGGAGUUUCUGGCUGCAGUCUACAUGUUCCACUGUUACACCAAGAGGAACAGAAAAAAACUCAACAACUUCUUGGGAACAUAUAGGUUCACAGACAGUACCUUCUCCCUGGAUGACCUCCUGAAGAGAACCAUGAAGAAAUCCCUCACCAGUACAAAUGGUCAUCUGGACCUGUUUGUUCGCUUCCUUCACGGCCUCAGUCUGGAGUCCAACCAGAGAGUCUUAGGAGGCCUGCUGGGUCGGACAGGGAACAAUCCAAAUAUCAUCCAGAGAGUCUCAGGAUGGCUGCUGGGUCGGACAGGGAACAAUCCAGAGAACAAUCCAGAGAACAAUCCAGAGAACAAUCCAGAGAACAAUCCAGAGAUCAUCCAGAGAGUCAUCAACAACCUGAAGGAGAUGAAGAGUAAUGACAUUUCUCCUGACAGAAGCAUCAACAUCUUCCACUGUCUGACUGAGAUGAACGACCACUCAGUUCAUCAGCAGAUGAAACAGUUCCUGACGUCAGAGAACAGAUCAAAGGAGGAACUCUCUGAGAUCCACUGCUCAGCUCUGGCCUACAUGCUGCAGAUGUCAGAGGAGGUUCUGGACGAGUUGGACCUGAAGGAGUUCAACACAUCAUACGAGGGUCGAUGGAGACUGAUCCCAGCUGUGAGGAACUGCAGGAAGGCUCUACUCUGGUGUUGUGGACUCUCAGAGACUCACUGUGAAGUCGUGGUCUCAGCUCUGAAGUCAGACCCCUCACAUCUGAGAGAACUGGAUCUGAGCUACAACGUCAUGCUGAAGGAUUCAGGAGUGAAGCUGCUGUGUUCUGGACUGGAGAGUCCAAACUGUCGACUGGAGACUCUGAGGUCCUUAAAUCCUUCUUCACUUUUCAGACUUUCUUUCUUAUUGGGUCAUUAUUUAUUUAACUUGUCUCAGUUCUGCUCUGCUCACUGUCCCUCAGUCAUCUGUCCCUCACCCAGCCUGUCAGUCACGUCGUCCACCUCAUCAACUCCAUUCACCUGCACUCACCUGCUCCUGAUCACUGAGAAAGUGUCAGUAAAUAACAUGUGGACUGAGGCCGAGCACUCGUCCUCCUCUGGUUUUCAAAAUAAGACACAUUCUUAUUGAAACACGUUGGACAGUUGAUAAGUAUACAAACAAACAGGAAGUGACAUCAGGAGCCGUCCCUACUUUAAACAGUGUUUAAUUACACAAACCUGCUCAGUGACCAACACACAGAGAAGAAGCUGAUGAAUGAAACAAUGGUCCAACAUGUCUGAUCUGAUAUU